AUGACUAUAAGGAAUUUGCAGCAAAGCGUGGCUAGGAAAGAAGCGGCCCGCCGUGAAGCAGAGCAGCAGCAUCGGCUGCAGCUGCAGCAGUCUGUGCAGCAGCUGUCAGGCCUGCUGGACGAGGCGUCCAGCUCAUCACUCAUAAUCGCCAGGUCUUUGGAUAUCCUGAAGAGGACCUUGCAGGAGCUGACGCACGAGGUGACCGUCCUGAACUCCGCCCAACGGACGCUGCUGAGCCACCACGCCAACGCCACCCACCGCGCACACAGCGCCCUCGCCCACCUCGCCCAGGCUACACUGCAGCAGAACAUCACGCAGAGUUUGCAGGAGAUGGCUGCUGCAAAUCAGCGUCUGCGCUCACAACUCUUGCGUAACUGCGAUCAACUUCCUACCAACCCCUCGGAUUUGCCAGACGCAGAGCGUGUCACGGUAGACGUGGUCGACGCGGUGGGCGCCGUGGGUGACGCGGCAGCUGCUGCAGAGGAAGCCCUAACUCUCAUGCGCCGAGCAGCCCGUGGCCAGACCAGCCUCAAGCACAAGGAGGCCCAUGAAGCGCUCGUGCUUUGUCAACCAAACCCUUCGAUGUGAAUUCUAUGACAAUAUUCUAAGCUACCGGGAGUUCAACAUACAAGAUAAUGAGUAUAUUUUCUAAGGACGUAAUUUUUAUUGCGUAAAACCCAUCGGCAAAUAGAUGUCCCAUCUAUUUGCCAUCAAACCCAUCGGCAAAUAGGGUUUGGUUCACAGCAAUUUGUGAACCAAACCCUUAAAUGUGAAUUCUACGACAAAAUUCUAACCGGGAAUUCAACAGACAGGAUAACACGAGUAUAUUUUUAAAAGAAAUCAUUUUUAUUGCGUAAAACACAUCGGCAAAUACAUGAAAGUAUUAGUAAAUUAACUUCUCUUUCCUUGAAGUGGAAUAUGUCAAACUUCAGUCAGUAGGAGUAACAACUUAUGAUUUUUUCGGACAGGCGUUGGAAAGCAAUCUGCAUUCCAUGUACAAUUGGUCUGUAGACUAAGUUUUAACCUAAACAUUUGAGACGCUCCUACUGCUUCAAUGUUUUCUCUUUCGUUACUUUACCUCGAUUGAUGUCAAAAACUCUCAGCCACCAGGUAAGACACUCACUGAGGAUAAAAUAUCAACUUACUUUGAAUGAUAAAGGAUUUUAUUACCAGAAAAAGCUUCUGUGUAACCACAAACGAACGUACUUCUAGCAAAGUCUAAAAUAAAUUAUUGAUGAUA